UAGCCAGUAACACGAGAUCAUUCAGUGGCUGUCAUGGCUAUCAGUAUCUCCAUGUAGUAGUGUUUCGUCUUUUGCCCGUGCCGGUUGAUUCUUGCUUAUAAUAUUAUCUUUCAUUCUUUCUAAUCGUCGUGGAAAAAUGGGCCAACGCGUAUCAAGGACAGACUUUGAGUGGGUUUAUACAGAAGAGCCACACGCCACACGACGCAAGAUAAUUUUAGAGAAAUAUCCUCAAAUUAAAAAGUUAUUUGGAUAUGAUCCAAAUUUUAAAUGGGUUGUUCUUGGAAUGGUAUUAGUACAGUUUUUGUCAUUAUUUGUUGUUAAAGAUUUAAGUUAUCCAAAUCUCUUGUUGUUAGCGUACUUUUUUGGAGGUGUAAUAAAUCAUUCUCUCAUGCUCGCAAUACACGAGAUAGCUCAUAAUCUUGCCUUUGGACAUGCCAGACCUAUGGCUAACCGAUUGUUCGGUUUUUUUGCAAAUUUACCAAUAGGUAUACCAGUAUCUAUUAGUUUUAGAAAGUAUCAUCUUGAGCACCAUCGUUAUCAGGGAGAUGAAAAAUUAGAUACUGAUUUACCAACGUUAUUAGAGGCGAAAUUAUUUAAUACAACUUUUGGAAAGUUCUGUUGGGUAUUUCUGCAGCCUCUCUUUUAUGCAUUUCGACCUCUUGUAACAUACCCAAAAGUGCCAACAAAUCUAGAAUACAUUAAUUUAUUUAUACAAUUGAUAUUUGAUGGUAUUAUAUGGUACUUUUUUGGUGGUAAAGUGGUAUUUUAUUUGCUUAUUGGUUCAUUUAUGGCAAUGGGAUUACAUCCCGUGGCAGGACACUUUAUAUCAGAGCAUUAUAUGUAUAAAAAAGGUUUCGAGACGUACAGUUAUUAUGGUUCUUUGAAUUUCAUCACUUUCAACGUUGGAUAUCACAAUGAGCACCAUGACUUUCCUGCAGUACCUGGUUCAAGAUUGCCAGAGGUAAAACGUAUAGCUGCAGAAUUUUACGACGAUCUGCCACAUCAUAAUUCAUGGACUUCUGUGUUAUAUGACUUUGUGAUGGAUCCUGACAUUGGACCUUAUGCAAGAAUGAAGAGGAGGCAUCGGGGAUUGGAUCAAUAGAUUUUUGAAUUUUUUUUUCCAAAUAUGUAUUCUAUGGUAUUAUAUAUACAUAAUUGAUUCUAUUGCUAUGUAAACACUUGGUGAAAUUGGAUAUUUAUAGAAAGAUAUAAUUUUAAAAUAUUUAACAUUUAAAAAUAAGAAAGAUAAAUGUUAUCUACUGAAAAGUAUGAUAGCAUAUUGGCGUUUUCUAUAUUGUAAUGUAGUAAAAUUCACAAAUUCAUAGUAUUAAUUUAGCAAGUUGGUAUCUUUUCUCAGUAUAUUCUCAUAUCUUAUCAGAUUAUUUCAGAAAAGUUUCCAUAUCUCUAAAUCACAGCAGUUUAUACAGCAAUUUUUUAUUUAAUAUUUGAGCAUUAUGUCAAGGAUUGGAUUUAUAUCCGAGAGCGAUUAAUACUUAUUUUGUAAUUUAUCAAUAUUUUUGCAUUUGAUUGUAAAGUCAUUGUAUUUAAUCACUCUCAGAGCUAUCCAAUCCAUAGUAGUUAAAAACGCUAUAAAUAUAUAUAUAUAUAUAUAUCUCACAAGUGAAUCUGUGAUGUAAAAGUAUACGCUAUAUACUUUUAUAUGAUAUAAUGAUAUAAUCAUAUGAUAUAAUGAUUUUAACAUAUGAUAUCAAAAACUCAGAUUUUGCUAGAAGAUUGAUAUAUGCCAUAUGAUAUAAACUUGUGUAUAUUUCUUUAAUGAAAUGCAAAAUGAUAUGACUAAUUGUAAAAUAAUAUUUUUUACGAAAAAAAAAUCAAGGAAUAUUAUAAAUAGAACAUAUAUAGAACCUAUAGGAUUAUGUUAAAUAAUAAUAAUUUUCACUUUAUUUUACUUCAGACUAUGCCAAAGGUUUGUACACUUCCUAUAAUAAAAAUAUGAGGUAUGCUGGAUUACAUAAAAAAUAUAA